GAGUUAGUGACCUUCAGAGAUGUGGCUGUAGACUUCUCCCAAGAGGAGUGGGAUUGCCUGGACUCUUCUCAAAGACAUCUGUAUAGUAACGUGAUGUUGGAGAACUACAGGAUCUUGGUGUCACUGGGACUUUGCUUUUCUAAGCCAAGUGUGAUAUUAUUGUUGGAGCAAGGGAAAGAGCCCUGGAUGGUGAAGAGGGAGCUGACAGAAGGUCUGUGCUCGGGCUGGGAAUCUAUGUGUGAGACUGAAGAAUUAACCCCAAAGCAGGCCAUAUAUGAAGAAGAAUCAUCCCAGAAGUUAAUAGAAGAAAUUACAAGCUGUGGUCUGGAAUUCUCCAGUUUGAGAGAAGAGUGGAAAUAUGAAAGCCAUUUUGAGAAGCAACCAGGAAAUCUGAAGGCCUGUUUAAAGGAAGAGACAAUCAUUCAUGAAGAAACCCUUCUUGAUAAAAGAGAACAAGAAUAUAACAAAUCUUGGGGAAGCCUCUAUCAGAACACACAGUUUCAUACACAACAGAUAAUCCCCAAAGAGGAGAAAGUACAUAAACCUGACACAUGUAAGAAAAGCUUCAAAAAAAAUUCAACGGACAUUAAGCCCAAGAGUGUCUAUGUAGAGAAGAAACUUUUGAAAUGCAAUGACUGUGAAAAAGUCUUCAGCCAGAGCUCAUCACUUACUCUUCAUCAAAGAAUUCAUACUGGAGAGAAACCGUAUAAAUGUGUAGAAUGCGGGAAAGCCUUCAGCCAGAGAUCAAAUCUUGUUCAACAUCAGAGGAUUCAUACUGGAGAGAAACCCUAUGAAUGUAAAGAAUGUAGGAAAGCCUUCAGUCAAAAUGCGCAUCUAAUUCAACAUCUUAGAGUUCAUACUGGAGAAAAACCUUAUGAAUGUAAGGUAUGUAGGAAAGCCUUCAGCCAGUUUGCCUACCUUGCUCAACAUCAGAGAGUUCAUACUGGAGAGAAACCCUAUGAAUGUAUCGAAUGUGGGAAAGCAUUUAGCAAUAGAUCAUCUAUUGCUCAACACCAAAGAGUUCAUACUGGAGAGAAGCCUUAUGAGUGUAAUGUCUGUGGAAAAGCAUUUAGCCUUCGGGCAUACCUUACCGUACAUCAGAGAAUACAUACUGGAGAGAGACCCUAUGAAUGUAAAGAAUGUGGAAAAGCCUUCAGCCAGAAUUCACACCUUGCUCAACAUCAGAGAAUUCAUACUGGAGAAAAACCUUAUAAAUGUCAGGAAUGUAGGAAAGCGUUUAGCCAGAUUGCGUACCUUGCUCAACAUCAGAGAGUUCAUACGGGAGAGAAACCCUAUGAAUGUAUUAAAUGUGGGAAGGCUUUUAGCAAUGACUCAUCCCUCACUCAACAUCAGAGGGUGCAUACUGGAGAGAAACCUUAUGAAUGUAAUGUUUGUGGGAAGGCCUUCAGUUACUGUGGAUCUCUUGCCCAACAUCAGAGAAUUCAUACUGGAGAAAGACCCUAUGAAUGCAAGGAAUGCAACAAAACCUUCAGACAAUCUAACCACCUGGUGACACAUCAGAGAAUUCAUACUGAUGAGAAACCCUUUGAAUGUAAAGAAUGUGGGAAGGAUUUUAGUUUUGUAUCUGUCCUUAUUCGACAUCAGCGAAUUCAUACUGGUGAAAAACCGUAUGAGUGUAAAGAAUGUGGCAAGGCCUUUGGUAGUGGUGCAAACCUUGCUUACCAUCAGAGAAUUCAUACUGGUGAGAAACCUUACGAAUGUAAGGAGUGCGGGAAGGCCUUUGGUAGUGGCUCAAACCUUACUCACCAUCAGAGAAUUCAUACUGGUGAGAAACCCUAUGAAUGUAAGGAAUGUGGGAAAGCCUUUAGUUUUGGAUCAGGCCUUAUUCGACAUCAGAUAAUUCACAGCGGGGAAAAGCCUUAUGAGUGUAAGGAGUGUGGGAAGUCCUUUAGUUUUGAAUCAGCCCUUACUCGGCAUCACAGAAUGCACACAGGUGAGAAACCUUAUGAAUGUAAGGAUUGUGGGAAGGCCUUUGGCAGUGGUUCAAACCUUACUCAACAUCGGAGAAUUCAUACUGGUGAGAAGCCCUAUGAAUGUAAAGUAUGUGGAAUGGCCUUUAGUAGUGGCUCAGCCCUUACUCGGCAUCAGAGAAUUCAUACUGGUGAGAAACCAUAUGUAUGUAAUGAAUGUAGGAAGGCCUUUAGUUUUGGAUCAGCUCUUACACGACAUCAAAGAAUUCACACUGGUGAGAAACCUUAUGUAUGUAAGGAAUGUGGGAAGACUUUUAAUAGUGGCUCAGACCUCACUCAGCAUCAAAGAAUUCACACUGGUGAGAAACCCUAUGAGUGUAAGGAAUGUGAGAAAGCCUUUAGAAGUGGUUCAAAACUUAUUCAACAUCAGAGAAUGCACACUGGUGAGAAACCCUAUGAAUGUAAACAAUGUGGGAAGGCCUUUAGUAGUGGCUCAGACCUUACUCAACACCAGAGAGUUCAUACUGGUGAGAAACCCUAUGAAUGUAAGCAAUGUGGGAAGGCGUUUGGUAGUGGCUCAAAACUUAUUCAACACCAGAUAAUUCAUACUGGUGAAAAACCCUAUGAAUGUAAGGAAUGUGGAAAGUCUUUUAGUAGUGGCUCAGCACUUAAUCGGCACCAGAAAAUACACACUGGUGAGAAACCCUACAAAUGUAAGGAAUGUGGGAAGACCUUUAGCAAUGGUUCAAACCUUACUCAACAUCGGAAGAUUCAUACAGGUGAGAAACCUUAUGAGUGUAAGGAAUGUGGUAAACGUUUUGGAAGGAGUUCAGAACUUACUCUUCAUCAGAGAAUUCAUACUGGUGAAAAACCCUAUCAUUGUAAGGAAUGUGGGAAGACCUUUAGUCGUGGCUACCAUCUAACUCUCCAUCAGAGAAUUCAUACUGGUGAAAAACCUUACGAAUGUAAGGAAUGUCAGAAAUUCUUUCGUCGUUACUCAGAACUUAUUUCACAUCAGGGUAUUCAUAUUGGAGAGAAACCCUAUGAAUGUAAGGAAUGUGGGAAGGCCUUUAGACUGUUCUCACAACUUACUCAACAUCAGAGUAUUCAUUUUGGUGAAAAACCUUAUAAAUGUAAAGAAUGUGAGAAGACCUUUAGACUGCUGUCACAACUUACUCAGCAUCAGAGUAUUCAUACUGGUGAGAAACCCUAUGAUUGUAAAGAAUGUGGAAAGGCCUUUAGACUUCAUUCAUCUCUUAUUCAACAUCAGAGAAUUCAUUCUGGUGAGAAACCAUACAAAUGUAAGGAAUGUAAGAAAGCAUUUAGACAACAUUCACACCUUACUUACCAUCAGAGAAUUCAUAAUGUAAUUUAAUAAUUAAAAGAAACCCUUCUGUUGUGAAUUUUCUGUUUAAGGAGCAUGAGAAAUUCUAGAAGAGAACUUUUGAACAUAAAAAUGCCUUUUGCUUUGUGCUUAACUCACCAGGUUUUAUUCAAAGAAAAGAGUAUGUUAAUGCAUGUAUUGAAGCUUUCCAUCACCUCUCAAACCAUGCUAAACUUAAGGAAAUUCAUUCUAAAAAAACGCUAUUAAAGGAGUGAAUGUGUAAAAGUUUUUAGUCUUAUCAUCUGUAUUCUUCCAUCUGUACAGUAUACCUGUGGAGGUUGCCAGGGCACCAAUUCAUGCUGGAAAUUGAUAAAGGAAAGAAAGUCAUUUUUCCUUCACUUCCUGUGUGAACUGUAUUUCAGGGCAGCCAAAAGUUGAAAAGGGAAAGUUCUUUGUUGGAGAAUUCCAGCGAAUGAAUGCAGAAAGAAUUAUAGAAUUAGAAAAAAAUUACCAUUUUGUAAUUCUUAGUGAAAUAAUAGACCUACACACAAUUCUCAGUGGACGUUAAGGUCAUUAGGUGAAAGGUUUACAGAAACUUUAGAGUGAAUAGAUCAGGCUGACAACAUCGUAACAUACUGAUCAUUCUUAACAUCACCAAAAGUAGGACAUCAAUACAUUAUGUGCCUCCUAAUGUGGUAAAAUAAAAGAGACACAUCUUGCCAAAAAUAUUGAAUCUAAUCAAGCCUCAAUAUCUAAUGUCAAUUUUGAGAAAAUUCAGGGAAUAGAAGAACAAAUUAAAUUACACAACAAGAAACAAAUCUAAAAUGUGGGUAAUUCUACAGGAGUGGUGGAACUCUUAGAGAUUUAGACUUAAGAGCUGAACAAAUCAAAUGCAAUGAAUGAGUGAUCCUUAUGUAGAUUAUGAAUUGAAUAAAUGUAAAAAAAUUUUUAAGGGGGAAAAUGGGAAUAUUAACUGAGUAUUAGCUAAUAAAAGGAAUUAUGUUUUUGUUAGGUGUAGUAAUGGCAUUUUGGUUAUGAAAAAAAUGUUGGUUAGAGAUAACUUAUGAAGUUUAUACACAUAAGAUAGUAUGGUGCCUGGAAUUUCCUUUAAAAUGAUUGUGCAAAAAAUAUGAGGAUAAAUUAAGUUUGGCAACAUGAUAGUAAGCUGAGUCUUGAACAUGGGUGUAUGUUUGUUUUUGUUUUGUUCUUCUCUCCACUCAUAUGUAUUUGAAAUUUUCCAUGUUUUUUAAAGAUAAAAUCAGCUAUGAAAUUAUAACCAGUUUCAAAUGAGUGAU